UGCUGCGACGGAUUAUAUACUCCUUCUUCUGGACUCAUUCACUCAUUUCGGAAACGCAUAUGCCGAGUGUGUGUGAGAGACGAUUUAGCCAAGAAACUCAGAUAAAGGCAAAUCCAGCAGCGUUCUCUCACUUGACAACUUUCUGAUCCUCAUGACUUCAAGCCCGAUUCCCGGCAGCAACACAAAACCCUCCUACGAUGACGCUAUUCUACUAGAACCAUACCAGUACUUAUGCGAUCACCCUGGAAAGGACAUUCGUGCAAAGUUGAUCGCGGCAUUCGACGCUUGGCUCCAAGUACCAUCCGAUAAACUCAAAGUAAUUACCAAUGUCGUACAGAUGCUUCACACGGCGAGUUUAAUGAUCGAUGAUGUACAAGAUGACUCUGACCUCAGACGAGCGGUUCCCGUUGCACACCAUAUCUUUGGGGUACCCCAAACCAUCAAUUCGGCCAACUACGUGUAUUUUAUGGCUCUACAAGAGAUUUUAAAACUAAACCAACCGUACAUGGUGACGAUAUAUACGGAAGAGCUGCUAAAUUUACACCGGGGUCAAGGAACAGAGCUGUUUUGGAGGGAUUCUCUCACGUGCCCAACCGAGGAGCAAUACGUUGAUAUGGUGAACAACAAAACGAGCGGAUUACUCAGAUUAGCUGUCCGAUUGAUGCAAGAAGCCAGCAGCAGCACUGUGGAUUAUACCUACCUCGUCAACAUCAUAGGAAUACACUUUCAGGUUCGCGACGAUUACAUGAAUCUCCAGUCAGACACUUAUUCCAAAAACAAGGGGUUUUGUGAGGAUCUUACAGAGGGCAAAUUCUCAUUUCCCAUCAUCCACGCCAUUCGUGCUGAUCCUUCGAAUCGGCAGUUGCUCAAUAUCGUCAGCCAAAAGCCUUCUGCCGUUGAAGUGAAACAGUAUGCUUUGGAAAUAAUUCAACGAACAGGAACAUUUGAGUACGUCGAAUAUUUUCUCAAAAAGAAAGAGCAAGAAGCGCGCAAAGAGAUUGUAUCCUUGGGAGGAAAUGUUUUGUUAGAAAAGGUUAUGGAUUCGCUGUCAAUACCGUAGCUGUACAUAGUAGUAGAUCUCACCUCGUCAACCUCUUGCAUCGCUUUUCUGUUCUUUGUUCCUCUGAUUGCAUCUAUAAAAUGCUAUGCAUGUAUAUCCGUGCCAUGCACUCUCCCCUCUUUUCCCAAGCAAUGUAUAUUAUACUGUCAUUAAGCUCCAUAUAACAGCACUACUUAUAGCUUGAGCAAAUUUCAUAAGUCUUAAUCAAUGAGAUA